CGGGACGGAGGCGAUCUGUGGUGUCGGCAGAAGCCCGGACAAGGCGAGAGGGAUGGAGGGGCUGCGUGUGCUGUGGCCGCCCGCAGCCCUGAGCCUGUUGCUGGGGUGUCUGGUCUCACCGGCAGGUUCCUUGGAUCUUGCCAUAUUUGAAAGCCUGCUGGAAGCCUCGGCAAAUGAAGAUGUGCUCCUGACCUGUUUGGUGUCCGGCUGCGAUGCUGGUGUUAAUGUCACGUGGUCCUUUAGGAAUGGAACCGACAUGAGGCUAGUGUGCAGUUCUGAUGGAAGGACAAAUCACUCGUGCCGACCUGGAGCAAGACCGUGGGUCCACGAGCUGCGAACUGGCAACGCUGCGCUGUUCCUUUCAAACGUGCAAUUUGAUGAGGAGGGAGAAUACACCUGCACCGUAUUUUGCACAUCCAAAAGAACUGAAAAGACCUCAUUGUUACAAGUGUCAGCUCAGCCAAAGGUCAGCUUGUCUCCACAGAAAAUCCUCAUCACCAAUGGCUCAGUGGGCUUUCUGCGAUGUGAAGCAACUGGAUUUUAUCCUCAUGAUCACCAGAUCAGCUGGGUCAAGGUAUCGCGAGGCAGUGAGAACGACAUUAUUUCAUCAGAUUUCAGCACGGAGUAUACAGUUGCCAACAGGGAUGGAACAUUCAGAGUUUCCAGCCAGUUGAGGAUCAAACCAAACCUGGAUGAUGAUGGUAAUAAGUACAGCUGUGUCGUGACACACAGAACACUCAAUGAUAAUAUUGCACUGGAGGCAAAGCUGACUGUGGAGGAACCUACUGUACUACCACAAAUUGUUGGAGGCAUCAGUGUCAUAUCGUUGAUUGUGUUGCUUAAUUUGGCACUUUUCUGUUGCUGUAGGAAGCAAACUGAAGGGACCGAGAAAGAAGGAGUUCCUCCUCGGAUCAGUGAAUUGAGCAAACCCGACCACUUCGCACAUGGUGUGGCGUCUCAUAUGAACUGGGAAGUUUCUGGGUUCACCCCCCGGAUGAUAACCAUUGCUUUAUUCGUGAGGAGAAAAGGAAAGGAACCACAGAAAUUAUUUGAGUGGAAUUUGAAAAAUGAUGAAGACCCACUAGAAAAUGACGAGGAAGCUCUUCUCUCCAACUCGUCAUGUGUACUGGACGGGAAUAAGAAAGAAGACUCCAUUACUGCUGCAAUCUCAAUGUGCGUUCAACUGGAUGACGGGAGCUUCAGUGUGAAGUGCAUGAUAACAGUCUGUCCUGAUGCAUCAGAGGAUGAUGGUGCUGAAGUCACACUGGAGGUUAACCACAAGACCCAUAGGAAGCCGUUCACUUCAUCCGUGACGUUAGUCGUUGAUGGAGUUGCUCCUACGGUGACUGAAAUUGACUUGCGUCCCGAGAUUAAACAUAGUGAAGUGGCCAGUCUGAGUUGGUCAGUCACCGGGUUCACUCCAAAGCCCAUUUCCAUUGUUUUCUUGCUGAAGAGGAAAGGGGAGCUGAAAGAGAAGAGGCUGUUUCACUGGCGUAUCCCAGAGAAGGGAGGAAUAGAUGACGAAGCAAAGAUGGGGAGCACUGCUCUCACAGACGUGAGGGAUCGCUGUGAAGAAGAUGACGCCAUCACUUCUGUGACACCCCACUGUGUGAGGAAGAACAAUGGGACAUUCAGUGUAAACUGCAGCAUUUGGAUGACUGCUGAUAUGUGCAGGGAUGAUGGAGCUGAGCUAAUUGUCGAAGUGAAUCACAAGGCUCUUAAGAUUCCUCUCACUACAACUAUGACAUUACAUGUUACAGGAGUUCCUCCCACAAUCACUGAAAUCAAGAAACCCUCUGAGAUCACGCCCGGGGAGCUGGCCAGCCUGAGCUGGGCAGUUGUUGGCUUCAGCCCACGGGCCAUCUCCAUUGUUACCUACGUGAAGAGGAAAGGGGAGCAGGAGAAAAAGAAAGUCUUUCAUUGGCGGAUCCCAAAGAAAGACGAGGAACCACAGGAAGCUAAGACGGCCAGUGUUCCCCUCGAAAAUGUCACAGAGGGCUGUGAGGAAGAUGGCUCCUUCACUGCUGUGAUGCCCCACUAUGUGCGGAAGAAUAAUGGGAUGUUCAGUGUAAACUGCAGUGUUUGGAUGUGUGCUGACCUAUCUAAGGAUGACGGAGCUGAAUUAAUGGUUCAGGUUGUCCAUGAGGCCCUCAAAGAGCCUCUUAUUGAGUCUGUAACAUUACAAGUUACAGACGGUGGGAAUUAACUUUCAGUCUUCCAGUCGCCAGACGGAUGGUUUGUGAGGAUAGUGCGAUUGCCAGUCUCCCCCUUGUUACGCACCUGACACAUCCACUGAGUGUUCACAAGAGCUACGGUCAUCGUCAUGGCUAUUGAUUCUGUAAACAUCCUCCUGACAACCCACAAUGAAUAUGAAUAUUCAUCAACUUUGUCAGUUGCUGAAGAGCGAAGAAAUAUAUCGGUUUUGCAGAAUUAUGGAGAAUUACUGUGAAUUUUGUUAAUUUCCUGAAGGCGAUUUGUUUGACAUGAAAUUUGCUUUAAUGUUUGCUGAGAGCUGAGUUAAUGUGUAAGUGCUUUGCUACAGUCUGUUAUUAAAUGCUCGCACACUA